AUGAAUAUGGAAGAUGCUUUAAAUAAUAGACUUGAUGAAGAUAUAUUUACAAAUUUAUCAAAAGAAUAUAUUCCAAGUUUAUCUACUCGACUUUUAGAAAUUAUUUGGAAAAAUGCUGAAAUAAAGAAAUUAGAAUUAAAGCCAGAUAUUGUAAUUUUAAAAUUUGGAACAAGACUUGCUGGACGUUUACUUCGAUUAUUAACAAAUAAUGCUAUUUUAUAUUUUAAUCAGCCAUUAAAUAUUAAAAUAAAAUUGGAAAAUCUACAGGCAGAAUUAAAAGAUAAAUUUAAUAUAAAAAAUUUGGAAUAUGCUCAAAAUAAUCUUUCAGUUGUUAUUGAUGAAUUAGUAGGCUCGGAAGUGUUUAUACAUUUUGAAGAAGCUUUAAAUAUUAAAUGGCAUAGUUAUAAUGGUGAGGAGAAUUAUUUAAAACUCCGUUUUAUAAUAUCCGUCUUAUAG